AUGCCUGCAUUCUCCCGCCUUGUUCGUUUCCUGGCCAAAGACGGUUUGGUCUAUCAUGGAGAUGCCAUUCUUCCUUCCGGUGUUAGUGACCUUGCCAAAGCUACCAAAGCCAGAGUCAUCAAGGGAGAGAUCUUCGGCAAUCACCAGGUCACAGAUCAAGUCCAGGAAGUGAAGAAGCUGCUCUGUCCACUGGCUCGGAAAGAUAUCAAGACCAUCCGAUGCCUGGGCUUGAACUAUGCUGAACAUGCAAAAGAAUCGAACAUGCCUCUACCCAAGUACCCAAUCCUUUUCUUCAAGCCUGUCACAGCAGCUAGUGGGCCGACAGACGACAUACCCGUCCCCCCAAUGGCUCAGGAAUGCGAAGGGUUGGACUAUGAAUGUGAGUUGGUGAUCGUCAUCGGGAAAGAGGCUCGUGAUGUACCGAAGUCGAAGGCACUUGAGUAUGUGCUAGGUUAUUCAGUGGGCAACGAUGUGUCCCACCGAGAAUGGCAGAUAAAACGUGGUGGAAGCCAAUGGGGUAUAGGCAAGGGUUUUGAUGGAUGGGCUCCCUUUGGUCCUGGAAUCGUGACAUCAAAGAUAAUUCCAGACCCGAACACCCUGCAGAUAUCAACGAAGGUGAAUGGUAAAGCCGUGCAAAAUUCGAAUACAAAGGAUAUGAUAUUUGGCGUAGCGGAGACGGUUGCUUUCCUAUCUCAGGGAACUACACUAUUACCUGGUGAUAUUAUAUUUACCGGAACCCCCCAGGGGGUUGGAAUGGGUCGAAAACCUCAGGUUUGGCUAAAAGAUGGGGACAGAGUGGAAGUAUCACUUGAAAAUGUUGGAACAUGCAGCAACAAGGUUGCCCAUGUUAAUGGCUCCUCUAAAUUAUAG